CACCCCGGCGGCGUACCCUGUGGUGGUGUACGUGCAUGGGGAGUCGUACCAGUGGGGGUCGUCCAGCCUGUACGACGGUUCCGUACUGGCGGCACUGGGCAAGGUCAUCGUUGUCACCAUCAACUACCGCCUGGGCAUAUUGGGAUUCUUCAACCCGAACGUGGAUCCUGUCGGGCGCGCUACAGUGGCCAACUACGGGCUCAUGGACCAGCUGGCCGCUCUCCACUGGGUCCAGGAAAACAUCGUGCGGUUUGGCGGCGACCCGGGCCACGUGACGGUGAUGGGGCACGGCACUGGAGCGGCGUGUCUCAACUUCCUGGUGAUCUCCCCUGCCGCGGCAGGGGCGGGACUCUUCAAGCGUGCCAUCCUUAUGUCUGGCUCGGCCCUGAGUCCCUGGGCGUCCGUGCAGGAACCAGUUUAUUACGCCGUGCAGGCUGCCCGUCAGCUGGGGUGCAGCGUGCCCGAUGACCUGUACCGCCACUACGAGGCGCUGCUCCACUGCCUCCGCGACAAACCCUUCGAGCAGAUCCUUCAGGUGGAGCUGGAGACACCGCAGUUCCUCUCAUCCAUCGGGCCGAGCAUCGACGGGGUGACCAUCAGACAUGACUGGAAACAACAACACGCCAAGAUGGGCCAGGAGGGUCGCACGCCCGUGGAUCUGCUGAUGGGGGUGACAGCUACAGACGUGCUCGAGGUGUUCAGCGACGCGGAGAUCCAGCACGGAUUUGAGGCUGACCACCGCGACCGCCUGCUGAGGACUUUCGUCACCAACAACUACAAGUACCACCUGCAGGAAAUCGUUUUGGCCAUAACUGCUGAAUACACCGACUGGGCCCGUCCCGUCCAGCACCCCGUCAACAUCAGGGAUCUCACCGCCGAGGCACUGCACGACGCCUCCUUCGUCACCCCAGUCACCGUGUCCGCCAACCAGCUGCACAACCCCUCCAGGUCCUCCUUCUUCUACGUCCUCGACUUCCGUCCCGCCAAGCCAGACCCCGUUAGGGGUCCCACCUUGCCUCUAAAUGAGCUGGUGUACGUGUUUGGGGCGCCCCUUGGUUCUCUGGGGCCUCUCUCUGCUGGCCUCAACUUCACCAACACCGAGGUGACGUUGAGUGAGGCGGUCAUCACCAUGUGGACCAACUUCAUCAAGACAGGGAACCCGAACGAGAGCGGCACCGGGGAAGUGUGGGGCAUGGCCAGGGACAGGCAGAGGUACAAGACACACAACUGGACGGAUUACGAUCCCGUUCACAAGAGAUACCUCGAUUUAGGUACUCGUGGCCGUGUGCGUGACCACUAUCGGGCGGAUCGUGUGGCCCUGUGGUCGUGGCUUGUGCCAGGUCUGGAACAGGUGGGCUCCCGAUACGGCCCUGACUCCCCAUUCCACCGUCUACCAAAUUAUCUCCAACCAGACACCUUUUCGGGCCCCACGCGACCCACCAACCUCUCCAGCAACUUCCUGCCACCGCCCACUACCCCGGCGCCCACCACGUCCGAGCCGCCCACCUCCACCCACACCACGCUGUUGCCAACCGAACGGGUCAUCGUCAACAUCAGCAGCGUGACGGGCCCCUUGGAGAAUCCCAACGCAAAAGCCAACGCGCAAGGAGGCUUCCCAUACACCACGGCACUCAGCCUCACCGUGGCCAUCGGGUGCUCACUGCUCAUCCUGAACCUGCUGGUGUUCGCCGCCGUGUACUACCGUCGCGACAGCUCCCGCCAGGCCUUCAGCAAGGCGAGUCACGACGGCAGUAGCGACAGCGGGAACGAGGUGCAGCUGCACCCAGCCUGCGAGCCCUGCAAGCCCAUCUCGCCCUCGCACUACGGUACCCUACGCUCCUCGGCCACACUCCGCAGCAGUCUGGCCACCUCCUUCGAGGGUGACGCGCAGCAUGAGUGGCCUCCGGAUUACAACACCAGCUGCCAGAGCGGCGAAGAUACAAGUCUGUGCGCACCCAGCAGCCAAUGCUUGAUGUCCGCCUCGGGGCAGCCCCACAACGGCACGGCGGCCAGACGCAGCGGACAAAGACAAAAUCUGUCCACUUACAAUCCCCACGUCGACACUCAACUUUCGCCCUCCUACAGUCACGAAGACACCCCCGACCUGCACGUUUGAAUCCGUGUCUGACCCGGCGAGCGGCGCGCAGGGCCACCUCGCUGCUGCCCCCGCCGCACGUAUCAGUGUUUACAUUUGCUGUUCAUUGUGAUGGGCUGACACAUCGCCAGUGACUGAAUCAAGCGUUCUAGAGAUACGCUGACCUCAGAAGUGGGUGGCCGAGUUCUUCUAAAUAAUCUCAUCUAGCAAGACUUAUCGGUUAUGUGACAGUUCUCAAUUAUUGUUAUUAUUUGGCGUAACAGUUGUCAGUAGCAUAGUGAGACAAAGCAUACACAAGCCAUAGGAACUGUAGGGAUUACUAGCUCCUACUCAGUCUGGUAAUCCCGAUCGCCUCUCGUCUCUGCUCAGACAAUACCAGACCUGCUCUGUGUGCGUGACUCACGGUGGAAAAAGACGAAAUAUAAUUAUUUGAUAUAAGCCUUGCAAUACGUAGUAUGUAAAACAGGAAGAUGAAAUUCGUCGAAAGUUAUUUAGGAAAUACUAUAAUGUUUACAUAGUUAUAAUUCCCGUGGAAUAUAUUUAGAUAAAUAUCAUAUGAAUUAUUCCGAAGAGUCCAAAAAAAAUGCUACAAAAAUAUCAAGGUUAUCGCUUGUGGUGGAACAGUGUUUGUUUUCUCGACUUAUAAGUACAUCUUGUUACUCCAAUAAAGUCUCUUUUUGAGUAUAUUAGAUAUUUACGCGGCAACACACAAACACAGUGUGACAAAGUGAUAUAAAGUUCAUUGUGUUACUGAUAUUUUGCACAUGAAGUAUAAGGAUCUCGCUCUUAAAAUCAAUCACGUCGAUGGAAAUCCAGACUCCAUUUUCUCUCUGAAUCACCCUCGAAGCAAGUCAUUCCUCGCCUCAUUCGUCUGCUUCCCUCACGGUUUUCUCUCCACUCCCACUGGGAAAUGCGUUUGCCCGCAUUAUGACACCGAACCACAAAGAGAACCUUAACGUUUUAUGUUUUUAUGUUGUGUAAAUGUUCUAAAUAUUCUAAGACUAUAUAUACAUAUAAAAUUUUGUGUCCACCAUCACUUCAGCAAGGCCUAGAUAUUUCUUAAACGAAAGGGUUUCUGGUGAAGUGCAGACGCGUGUGUAUGUGUGUUUACUUUACCAGUCGAGUCGAGCUUUAGGAUCACUAGCUCGCUGUAGUGGAGGGCCGCGGAGGGCCGCACACCCCUUCUGCCGCAGUGUCCUGUAGGUGUGAUGGAGCUUAGAGACAAAGUGUGUGUGCGAGUGUAUGUGUAUAUGGACCUUAGUGUUAUUAUUUUUGUUAGAGAACCUCGCCCCUCAGAGCCACCCUCUCCCUACGCCCCGUCCUGUGCACUGUGCUCCUCCUUCAUCUCCUCGCUCCCAUCCUUCUCCACCCCCAUCCCGCGACCUCACCCGAAGGAGCCCACGCUGGAUUCCUAUUGGAUGAGAGUAACGCAACACUGAGGGAUGAAGCUCAAGUCUAUAUGAAGAAAAUAUAAAUGCUUCCCAACACCUUCACCUCCUCCAUUUUGGUCUUGACUGAAGCCUCACAUGGGGCCUCCUGAAGCAGUUCCGAGUGAUGUGACACGAAUUACUACGCCCCAAAUAUUCUUGACAAUAUUCUAACAUAGUCCACCUCAACUUCGCUCCUAUGCUUCCAGGCUCUCUGUUCGUUCCUUUGCUCCUUUACUCUACGCGUUCUUCACACCGCCCUUUACCCAUCAUUUUCCUUUUUCACUUCUUCAACUUGCUCCUGUGUAGAUUCCACCCAUUUAAAUCCCAUUCGCGAAGAUUCCUCCAUGAAAAUUUCCUUCAACGGUAAUUCCCUUCAAUAAUAAAUUUCCCUAACCUAACCUAAGCUCAUCUUUUCAUGGGGAAUUUUGUUGGGGGAAUGUGUGAUAUUCGUGAGAUGAUUUACCUGGGAUGAAGUUACAAUGCACGUUUCCACCCAUCCUGCAUCCCUGCACUCCCUCUUCCCUCUAACAAACUCUGCAUACUCUGUCUCCGAAACACCUUCACCAGUGUCUCGCCCAACGCUCCCCCAACACACCCCCACACGCUCACCUGCAGCAGUCAGUCACUCGCCCCGUUUGAGCGCUGCGGCGAUCACUCGUCUGUACAGCUUUUUGUGCAACUCGAGCAACUGGAGUGACGGUGCUUUUCUAAUUGUAAGAGUAAUUAUUUUAUACAAGUGUCGAUAAUAAUAAAUGAAUGUUUA